CAAAGACAACAGGGUAUUUCAUAAAAUUGGCGCUCUGCGUCGCGGUGAAGUGUGCGGCCCUUGCCAUGACGGUACCGGCAAGUGAGGAAGCCUGCAGGUUAUGUAAAUGCAGCAAUGAAGGGCCAAACGUGGUUGACUGCAUGCAGAGGGGUCUCACAGAACUACCGACGGGGAUACCGAACGAUACGCAAGUGCUCAACUUGGGUGGAAAUCAAUUGACCAGGAUACCAUACGAUGCCUUGUUACAACUUGAGUCACUUAUAACGCUGAAUGUUACAAAGAAUCGUAUUUCAACGCCAUUCGAACUACCUGAAACUGUCAUAUCACUAUUUGCAGGAGAAAAUGAAUUUCGAGACAUUAAGCCACUGGUGAAAAAUGGAGUCAAUCUGCAGGCAGUAGUUUUCAGAAGUAAUAACCUGCAGGUGAUAGAGACAGAUACCUUUAAAAGAUGCCAGAAAUUAUUAAAGUUAGAUUUGAAGUCAAACAGCAUAAGAGAAGUACAAGCAAGGGGUCUAGCGGGACCACAGGGAAUGACCAAACUGCAUAUGGGAAGUAACAAGCUCAAGACUUUGGGACCCGCUGCUACAGAGGGGCUUCAAAUCCAGGAAAUAAUUCUUUACGAUAACGACUUGAACGUUUUGAAGACUCACACGUUUGGAAAGGCAACGAACUUGGGACGAUUAGUCCUUGACAACUGCAAAGUAGAGGAGAUCCCAAGCGGGCUUUUUGUCGAUCCUUCGGUGGAGUAUUACGAGAGAGACGUGAAUCGUCUUGACCUGGGUAGUAAUAUGAUAAAACGUGUUUCUCCGGGGGCAUUUCAAGGUGUGAAAAGCUUCGAUAAAUUACAAUUGCCACAUAAUAAAUUGAUCACUCUUCCGGAAGACAUGUUUGCGACCUCCAAACGCAUUGGUGAUUUAAUACUAUCCAACAACCAGCUUGUGUCUAGAGGCCUACCGCUCAAUCUGUUCAUCAACACAUCGAUUACGACAUCACUAGACAUUUCAUCCAAUCAGCUGACAACUUUUCCAGAGGAACUACUUCGGUCACAGCACAAACUCCAAAACCUGUACAUACAUCGCAACAAGAUCAGUUCUCUGAAUAGUGGAGCGUUCAAAGGCAUGGAGUCACUGAAAGAACUAAUGAUAUUUGACAAUCCUAUUACCUAUUUACCGGAUUGGGUCUUCUAUGAGACGAAAUUGGUGAACUUAUACAUGUUUCAGACGAACCUUUCAGCCAUAGGAUCCAGACCUUUCGCAACAAUAAGAAAAACUCUCCAGCAAGUAUCUCUGUAUGGCGCUAAAUUGGCCAAGGUUCCCGAUUCUGUUUGGCAAGACUUGGGCGCCAACUGUUACACAGCGAUUGACAACUGUUUGCAGUUUGCACCAGUAGUAAACCGGACGGACCUCAAAAUAGAGCUAGUUGGUGAUGGUUUCGCCCAGCCGAUCGAUGUACCGAAUGAGAUAGCUGAAGUACUGUCCAGGUCGGGCUUCCAGUGCCGCCGGGCUCAAAAACAAGUCUGGCAAUGUACACCAUGUCCGCAAGGACACUAUGGCGCUUACUGGAUGGAUCCUUAUCAGGAAACGUGCGUCGCUUGCCCGGCAGGAGGAUUUUACCAAAGCAAGACAGGGCAAAUUGCUGGCAAAUCCCACUCGAUCAACUGUCAAAAGUGCAACGACGGAACUUAUGUCACCCCAGCUGCCCACCCUGGCAUCAGUCCUGCAGACUGCGUUGUGUGUCCUACGGGAACCAAGAAGAACCUUCACGCUGGCUUUCGUGCAUGUUCAUGUGUGGAUAAUUACUACCGCAAGGAUCGCUUCGGGGAGUGCUACCCGUGUCCAGCAGAGGGACUGAACUGCACAGGGGAGUACCAGCACCUCCUGCCCGGAUUCUGGUGGACUUGGGAUUGGGGUUCGGACGGAAACUUUCGAUCCUAUGAGCGGUUUGUCAAAAAUCUGCGCACAAUACCAACGACUAAAGACCACUGGACAGAGAGUUUUUGGGGGGCUACUUCAUGGCGAGCACCAGACACCCUGCACAGCUCUGCCGAAGGGCAAGGCCACGAGAAGAUCAGCUGGAAGACCUUCUUGUGCGAAAAUUACAAGCCACAGUUCUGGUACUGGGAAGUAGUCGAACUCGUCCGCAAGAUCGUCCAGACACUUUUUGUGCUGCUCUACGGGCCAGACGACCAUUUCACCAUGUUCGCCACCAUCACCAUAUCUGUCGGGUUCCUUCUCGUCCAUGCCUACGUCCGGCCCAUGAAGGACGAAACGGAGCACCGUCUACAAAUGUGCUCUCUUGGUGCCAUCUUCCUCAACUUGUUGGCGGCCUCUCUGCUUCUGUUACCAACUGAUGAACACAGCCAGUCUGAAGAGGAAAGGAAGGGCGCCCUGGCGGUCUUCCUGAUUCUGCUGAAUCUCAGUAUCAUUAUUUUUGUCGCAGGGAGUCUCGUCUGGGGUGGAGUGAAGACCCUGUGGCGGUGGGGAUGUUGCGGCCGCACGCUGACGGGGCUCUGCUGGUGUUUGCUGCAACAGCGUGGAUCUAACGAAAGCAGUGACCUUGAUGGCAGUGGAGAGAGUGCGUCACUGGUGCCCGGCCCAGAGCACUUGCAGAGGCCCUACGGGGAAAUCAUUACCGAGCGCGGGGGAGCAUCAGAUGUGUAA